UUGUGUAUCACGUGUACCUAAGGGUGGGGUUAGAGUUCGCGGGUAUAGCGCCUCAAUGCGCAUGCGGUCUGGAGUGUUGUUGGCGGCGGUAAGAUGGCGGCGCUAGGGGAUGCAUCAGCUCCGGGACUGAAUGGGUUAAUACAGCAAUUUACAGCCAUAACGGGGGCCACCGAGAGUGUGGGCCAACACAUGUUGGAAGCAUGUAACAACAACCUAGAGAUGGCAGUCACCAUGUUCCUGGAUGGAGGUGGCAUCGCAGAGGAGCCCAGUACCAGCUCUGCUGGGACUUCAACCAGCAGACCACCCCCACAUGCAGACGAUGAGGUGCGAGCGCCUAUUCCACAGAAGCAGGAUAUUUUGGUGGAACCGGAACCACUAUUUAGUGCUCCCAAACGGCGGAGGCCUGCGAGAUCCAUAUUUGAUGGCUUUCGGGAUUUCCAGACGGAAACAAUUCGUCAGGAGCAGGAACUUCGGAAUGGCAGUGCAGUUGAUAAGAAGCUCAGCACUCUGGCAGACCUCUUCAGGCCACCCAUAGACCUCAUGCAUAAGGGCAGCUUUGAAACAGCAAAAGAGUGUGGUCAGAUGGAGAACAAAUGGCUGAUGAUAAACAUCCAGAACGUGCAGGAUUUUGCAUGCCAGUGCUUGAAUCGGGAUGUGUGGAGUAACGAGGCUGUCAAAGCCAUCGUUCGGGAGCACUUUAUCUUCUGGCAGGUAUACCACGACAGUGAAGAGGGACAGAGAUACAUACAGUUCUACAAACUGAAUGAAUUUCCUUAUAUCUCCAUUCUCGACCCAAGGACAGGCCAAAAGCUGGUGGAGCUGCACCAGCUGGAUGUGAAUUCCUUCUUGGAACAGCUGACAGGCUUCCUGACUGAGCAUGGCCAGCUCGAUGGACUCUCCAGCAGCCCGCCCAAGAAGAAAAUGUGCUCAGAGAGUCUCGUAGACGCCAGUGAGGACAGCCAGCUGGAAGCUGCAAUUCGUGCUUCUCUGCAGGAGACACAUUAUGAGUCCAACGAGCCGAAGAUCGACUAUCACUCGGAGGAGGAGUCGGAUGCAGAGCCGUUUUCGGACAGUGAGGGGUUAAUCUCCGUGGACGGCUCAGAUGAUGAGGUGGUGGUGGAGCAACCCCAACUCCGAUCCCAACCCCAACCCCAACCCCAGCCUCAGCCUCAGCCUCUACCACAGCGGCAGGACAGCCCCCCAAAAUCAAAGAAAUCCCCCCACAAGGAAUCCAGCCACAGGAAAGAGGAAAGUAAAAAGAACCAUUUGGAGUUCCCUGCAAGGACUGAGGCACCUAGAGACAGUGGUGCAGGUAACAACCACCAUGCAGAGCCAGCAGAGAACUCAGGGGUAUCCGAGACACAGGAGGAGGAGCCAUACUCUCCGGAGCUGCUGGAUGACAAUGGGCCAAAGGCAAGACUGAUGCUGCGAUACCCAGAUGGACAGAGGGAGCAGAUCUCUCUGCCAACACAUGGCAAGCUCCUGGUGUUGGUGAAACAUGUACAGUCGAAGGGGUACCCUAACGAACGCUUUGAACUUGUAACCAACUUCCCUCGACGAAAGCUUUCUCACUUGGACUAUGACAUUACGUUACAAGAUGCUGGUCUUUGCCCUCAAGAGACUGUCUUUAUACAGGAAAGGAAUUAAUGAACACUGGGGGUAGCUUCCCCAAAGCACCACAAGCAGCCAGAUCUAGCAGAAAACGGGAGACUGUACUGCUCAGCCUGUACUCUGCACUUUCUUCCCUUAAUCUCCAGUUUUCUGUCCUUAAAAACAAGAAACCCUGAAGGCAGUGGCUAGCAACUGGCAAUUACAUGAAUGACUAACCAGAUUUCUACAACUUAUACAAAUUAGGAGUCCUUGGCGUGUCUACGGACCAGGGAGAAGAGUACUUGUUAGGUUUUGUUAAGCAAUCUGUGCUUUAUUACCAAUUAGAUAGAUUGUCUAGGUAUGGUGUUUUUUUUUUUUUUUCAAAAGUAUAAACUGAUGGUAAAAUUAAUUCUAAUCUCAAAAUCACACAGGACAAAUCUGCUCACUUUAGAAGUGCUUAGCAGAUUCCCAAAAGUUGUCAGAGUAUGAAGGCAGUAGAUCAGUGGUUGUCUUGGUGGUAUUACUGUACAAUCAAUGGCACCACCUUUAUGAGCAGAUCAUUGGACGCUCUGCAGUCUGGCAUAUGUAAAGGCCUCUCAUUUGUCUCACUGGACCUUGAAUUCUGCUUUAUAACAUUGUCUGCCAUAGUAAAUAAGAUGUGUGCUUGUAAAUCAUGUUUGGUAAGGCCCAUGGAAAGUGCUGGCAGUUCAGACUUCAAGAACUGCAGAUGAAGCUAACACUAUCAAGCCAUUCAGGAUUACAUACAUAAAGCCUACGUGCUGAGGUGAACAAAAAGUGAUAUUUUUAAGAUGGUUUUGUUAAAUGAUGGUUUUAAGAUAUUGUUGCCGUUUUUGUUUCUAUAACUUUUACUGUCUAGCAAUACCACCUUAAAUCUCUCUGCUACAACUGCUGUCACUACUGUUUAAAUGUACCAAUAGCAAAUGUGGCAUUAUGUUUCAGGUUCUCAUGGUUGACUCUCUGUUUUGAUUGGCUCAAUAGAACGUCUUGCAAUAGAAAGUUUCAAGCGACACCCCAGAAAUAACUGCACACUUGCAUUUUUCUCUCUGUAAUAGUGAGUAUGCUUUAAUAAGGAUAAGAGGGUUUUUUUUGUUAAGGUCGCAACAAGGUCAACAUAAUCACCAAAGGGAAUUGUUAUAGAUCUAUAUAUAUUUUUUAAUGUUCUUUUCUGUUUGCACUCCAUAUAUGUAACAUUUGGUGGCCUUUUACUACAGAAUGUCUCCAACCUUCAUUAGCUACAGUUUGCAGGUAUGGGAGAGAAACCGGUCCUUCUAUACUUUUAAUAAUUAGAGAUGUGUUACAUGUUUACUUUAUUAAUGGUCCAAAACAUAUUUUUUAAAUUCAACAAUAUCUAAUAAUAUGUAUUUUACACUGAGAGACUGCUAACCUCUUCAGCCUGUAUUUGCCCUUUACUUUCUCAGUUAUUUCUGCCUUUCUGUUCCAUUUUCUAAUUGGAAUUAGCAGAUGUGGCUUUAGUAAGCAGUAAUGAAGCCGCUGACUCUUCCUCAACAAGUAAGAACUUCGGAGCAAUAACUCUGCUAAUGUUUUUUAACUGAAGACAUAGUUUACAGGAGCAAAGUACAUACAUUAACAUUCUAAUAAAAGCAAGUUAAAAAAUACUUUUAUUAUACAUAUAUAUAUAUAUAUAUAUAUAUAUAUAUAUAUAUAUAGAUAUAUAUAUAUAUAUAGAUAUAGAUAUAGAUAUAUAUAGGCUAAAUUAUUGCAGACACAUCUAAAAGGAAAAUAUUUCAAUGUUAUGGGUAGAAAGAUGCAGAAUAAGGAGAUAGGCCUUUCAGUGCAAAAUGAUCAUUCCCAUUCCCAUAUCCACAGUACAAUUGAAAGAGAGUAACAGUUGUGGACAUCUCUAAUAAUAUCUGUAAUGUUUCUAUUUGGGACCAAGCAACAUUUACCUGGACAAGAAGGUAACAAGUGCUAUUUAACCUGAAGUGGGGAUAAACAGUUCAAUAGUAUGAUGGGCAGCCCAGUGGGCUAUGGGAAGUAAAACAUUUUAAUUGCCCAAAAAAUUUAAAUAAAUGUUUGUAUAAUGCUGUGUCACUUUUAUGUGAAUUUUGCAAAUAUAAUUGUUCAGCAGCAGUUUCCAGCUGGAGAAAGCUAAUUGUCUUGGACCAGUGGGGAAUUCACCCCAAUAAACAGAGCAGUAGUACUUUUUCAUUGAAGCGUCAUAUCUUCAUUUGUUUUUAUUUUACCUUGUUUAAUUUAAAAAACAUGCCGUUCUUCUUGGCACCUUUCCUGGAUUUACAGUUCUGCUGUAACACCUUUGUACCGUUAUCAGUACAGUUGGACUAUUAACAAUGUGAAACGAUACACAAUGCAUCGGUAUCGGGACACAUUUGCACAGUAUAAAGAGGGGUUCCUGAAAUGCUCUCCUACUUCUGGUUCCUCUCUUUACUGCCAUUUCAAUGUUUAAGGCUAGAAAUAUUUUGUUAUUCUCCACAAAAUCAAGGAAGAUCAGAUUUUAAAAAGAUUUACCCCAACUUUGUCAACUUAGUCAAAUGUUUCAAAAGCUAAACUUUGACAAAUCUCCCAAGCUCCUUAUUCCAAAGUGCAGUUUGCACCAUUCUUGAGCAAUCAAAAUAUAAUGUUAAUAACCUGGUAGCUAAAAAGUCAGAGGUUAAUUUAAGGACUUAAUGGCAAGCAUGCCAGUUUUGAAAAAUAAACAGUUUAAUUUUUCUUCCACAAAAGUAGAGCAGAUUGCCCUAAGGCAUUGGUACAGUAGACAUUGGUGUACAGUAUCUGCUCCAGUUUAAGAACAUAAGAAAGUUUACAAACGAGAGGAGGCCAUUCGGCCCACUUGCUCGUUUGGUUGUUAGUAGCUUAUUGAUCCCAGAAUCUCAUCAAGCAGCUUCUUGAAAGAUCCCAGGGUGUUGGCUUCAACAUUACUGGGGAGUUGGUUCCAGACUCUUCCUAAAAAUGAAAGUAUUAUCUUAACUAAAACAGGAAAUAUUGUCUAAGGUUUUUGUAUGUCUGUUGUGAUUAAUUAAAUAAAGUGCUGUUACUGCAUUAAUCUUUUCCAGACUGUUAAUAAAUCAACAACUAUUGAGAACAGUUUCAUGAAUAUAAAACUUCAGUUAAUCCAAAACACAGACUUAAAAAGAAAGAAUAAAGGUGAUAGAAUUGUCAGACUAACAAUAAUCGGAAGCAGCUGGUGGUGGGUGCUCUGUGAUUUCUUCCAUUUCCCAUCUCUUCAUACACAGUAUCUAAAACCUGGGAUAGGACAUCCGAGCCUAGCAGACAGCUGGGGUGUUCCCUGUAUUGAAAUUAAAGCAAUUUGAAAGCUUGUAUGUUAGCAGCUAUAGGUGAUUUUUAGUUUCAAAAUGUUGGCUAAAAUAUUUUCUGGUAACAAACUGUCUAUCUUCUGCCACCAAUGUAAGUAAUUCACAAUUGGCUAUAUCAGCAUUAUGAUGAAAAAUCAUAAUUCACCGUAUGUUCAGUACUUGUUAAAUCCAUCACAACUGGCUAAAUGGUGCUCUUGAUAUAAGCAAAAAGGUGCCUCUGCUGCAUCCUACCUUAUAAAAGUUUACCAUAGUAAAAAGAUAGCAAAGUAAUAAAGCAUAGUUAAGCACUGUAAAGAAGUGCGAGGUUUAGUACAGCAUAUUAUUCAACAUGGCAAACCAAGAUAAACUGUGGUGCAUGCAUAGUAUAAUCAUGAGAAAAGCAUGGGAAAACUGCAAAAAUACUGUGGUAAACUUUAAGAAGGGCCUAGCCGGUGCUAAUAAAAUAAGGGUCAAUAGCUCCACCUUUGUGAAGUCUGCACCAUGAAACGGAAAAGGUUAUAACCAGUUCUUCUUGUGAAAUAUAAUGCACAGUCCUUGCUACUGGAAGUACUGUACCAUGGUUUUUUCCACAAAUGAGGAUGCCUGAUAACCCACCAGCAUACAAGUAAACACAAAUUCUCUUUACGAAAUGUAUUCCACAAAAGAAUAGAACAUAAUAUAUUUUACUGCCCCCAGUGAUUCAGGGGCAUCUGAGAUAGCAUUUCCUUCAGGCUAAUUUCAGGUACUGCCUUUUGAUUCCUAGGCUGUAUACAGUUAAGGGGAAAGGGUGGAUUCAGGUCUUUACCUUCUAUUCCAAGUAAAGAGCCAGCCUUGCAGUUCCUCUAUCAGUGUCCCUGUGCUUCCCCAGUGGAACAAGUUUUGUUUUUGUUUUGCUACAUUCACUACAUUCUUUUUGGCUCAUUUGAUGUGGGUUUGAAUGGGUUUUAACACUGAAAAAACAAUGCUUUUCAAAGCUACUUCAGACAUUCGCAGACCCUUUUGUACAAAAAGAAAGUCUCCCCUGUUGCAUGUUCAUGUACAUCAUUCAUGCUGUGUAGUGUUCAUUAGGAGAAUGAAGUGUUACCUGUCGAGUCAACGCCAUUGAUGAGACUAAGAUGAUUGUGUAGCAAAUGUAUGUGUAAUAACUAUAUAAUGUAUCCAUCAUGUAAGUCAAUACUGUGUAAGAGCGCUCUGAUACAAGACCAGACUUCUUAGGUUUUAAUGUAUUUGAUUUCCAUGUAUUUCUUAUUUACAGUAUGAAAAAAACACCUUUUCCUUUGACCCUCCCUAAAAUAAGAAGUUGGAGAGUGUUACAAAACCCUUGCUUUCACUUCAGGUAUCCUCACAGGCAGUGCUUGUUUUAAAAAGCACUCUGUAUUGAGUAAAGCUGGCUGCUUAGUAAUGGCUUGAUUUGUAACUACAAGACAAGAGGUUUUGGGGACAGCUUUGUGUGUGUGUGUGUAGGGUGUUCACAACUGUACAACAGUUUUUAUGCAAUUCGUCUUAAUAUUGUAAUAUUUUAUCUGAAAAUAAAAGUGCUUUUCCAAUU